CGUGGCGGGCGCUCGAGUAGAUCCUGCCCAUCAUCUGGACCUGGGCGCCGCGCUCGACGGGGUCGUUCUGGUUGAUGCAGAUGGCGUCGAUCCAGUACCUCGACACGGGGGGCUGCUGCUGCUGCUCUUCCUUGCGGCGAGGUCUGCGCAGGCGAGAGAGGGCAUCGUGCAGGUUCGGGAGUACGGCAAACGGGUGGCCGUCGAUGAUGACUGUGCGCUUGGCCUGGACGCACUUGUCACGGAUCGUGUCGACAAAGCCUAAGCUGUCGGCAUCUGCCCCGUCGCGGUUCGGCACUCCGCCUGGGCGGGAGCCGAUGAGGUUGUUCCACAGGUCAAAGACCGUAUUCUUUACCUUGCCGUUGAUCGUGUCGACCAGGAAGUAGGGCAGGGCAUAGUCGAUCUCCCACGUGUAGGACAGGGCUGUGUACGUGGGAUCGUCUUCGAGGUCCACGAUGUGGAGGGAGCAG